AUGACUGCUCCGACGGAUCCUCAGAUCGAUCCUCCGGUCGAUCGUUACGCGGCUGAACGCCGUCGCUUAAAAGCAAUGUCCAAACCCUUCCUCAAUGAUGAGUUCAUGGAGGGGCCGCCCCGAUUCCGGGGCAGUGACUACAGGCAACCGCGGCUCCGCCGCAGCACUUUUGAUCCGAAGACGCUUGUUUUCGAGUCUCGGCUUGGAGGCGGCGACGAUGGCUUCGUCUGGAAGGUCAGAUUCGGCGGCGAGGGACCAUUCGCCAUGAAAGUUUUUUGGGACCAGGUGCCUCCUCAGGAGGUUGGAUCCUACUACCCGAUGCAGCGAGAGUGCCAAAAUGCUGCUGUUCUCCAGAUGAUGGAGGCGGCCGUGGCCAGCGACCCAGUUUUGGUUUACACACAUCCCUAUGGAAAAGUGGACGCCAAUGAGAACUAUUUCUCAUUUUGUGAAGAAAACGCCAUCAGUAAGCUUGGUGUGAAGGUAGACUCGACGCUGCCCUCAGGCACCAAAUUGAUCGCGGAGCUGCCACGAAUGGCCCAAUGCUAUGGCUGGGUGAAGUUCCCUAGCGACACGUUGGAGGGACUCCCCAUCAACUUACAGGCCACGCACGACGAGCCUCACAAGGUCAGGAAGCUUGUGGGAAGCCAUAUGGACUGCAUCGCGAUUGUCUACGAGUUCAUUGAAGAUGUUAAAAACAAAAUUGGCCCCGUGGGAAAGGUGGACAGCUUCCUCUGGUUUGCGAGCUUUGCCUAUGCGAACGAGCCUGAAGAGAAGAGCUGGAGGAACAGCAUACUGGUUGACUACUCUGAGAUUGUUCACAUUCGCGGAUAUGGGUGGAAUGAGGAGGAUUACAUGGACAGAAGUGCCGAGCAGAUCAUUGACGACGAAGACCUAGAGCAUGAGAUGGAUCCUGAUUACGAUCUUUCAUGA